CGCCAGCUGCCUCAAGCGCCGCGGGCGGAAGCCAGUGACGGGAGUGGGUUUCCUCCCGCAGGGGCCGCUCCCGUCCCGUCAGGGCGCGAUGGGCACGGCGCUGGACAUCAAGAUCAAGCGGGCCAACAAGGUGUACCGCUGCGGGGAAAUUCUUUCUGGCGUCGUGGUCAUAACAAGUAAGGACACAAUCCAGCACCAAGGCAUCUCAUUGACAAUGGAAGGAUCUGUAAAUCUGCAGCUUAGUGCCAAAAGUGUGGGUGUGUUUGAAGCUUUCUACAAUUCUGUCAAGCCUAUUCAAAUUAUUAACAGCACUAUUGAAAUGGUAAAACCAGGGAAGCUUCCCAGUGGCAAGACAGAAAUUCCUUUUGAAUUCCCACUGCAUGUGAAGGGCAACAAAGUUCUGUAUGAGACGUAUCAUGGUGUCUUUGUUAAUAUUCAGUAUACCCUGCGGUGUGAUAUGCGACGUUCUCUGCUGGCAAAAGACCUAACCAAGACUUGUGAAUUCAUUGUUCACUCAGUGUCACAGAAAGGGAAACUGACGCCGAGCCCAGUAGACUUCACAAUUACUCCUGAAACUUUGCAGAAUGUUAAAGAGAGAGCAUCACUUCCAAAAUUUCUCAUCAGAGGCCAUCUCAGUUCUACAAACUGUGUCAUUACGCAGCCACUAACAGGGGAGCUGGUAGUGGAGAGUGCAGAAGCUGCAGUCAAAAGUAUUGAGCUGCAGUUAGUGCGUGUGGAAACCUGUGGGUGUGCAGAAGGUUAUGCCAGAGAUGCCACAGAGAUACAGAAUAUUCAGAUUGCUGAUGGGGAUGUCUGCAGAGGCCUACCAGUUCCUAUAUACAUGGUGUUUCCCAGGUUGUUCACUUGCCCUACCUUGGAAACAACAAACUUCAAAGUGGAGUUUGAAGUGAACAUUGUUGUCCUCCUGCAUGACGAUCAUCUCAUCACAGAGAACUUCCCACUGAAGCUCUGCAGGAUGUAAAUAGCCAGAGGAAGAAUCACUUAAGGAGCCACAGGAGAAGGAUGAAAUCAUUCAGAGACAAAAGGAGAUUUUAUCUUAUCUUGUUAUUUGAAGUGAAAACUUAUCACUUCCUUCCUCCUGAUGGUGGUUCUUGGGCUCUCAGUUAUCCCAAAGCCUUUGCCUGUCUUAUGGUAGCCUACGUGGAUUAACUAUCUUGAGAGCUCUGUCAAGUAUCUGAUUUCAGCAGCCAGAUUUUCUGUGUUUUUUUUCUCAAACAAAUUGUGAAUGUUUUUUUGCAUAUUUUCACAAGUUAUAAAAACAUGUGAAGCAAAUUUUUCUGUUUAAUUCAUAAUGUAACACUUGUUCCAAAGUCCUUCAAAGACCUCUUAAAUGAAGUCAGUUCUGUUAAUAUGGUUUACUGUAUAUAUAUUUGAGGAGGGGACAGGACUGAAUAGUGCGUGUGGAAGUAUAAUAAAUGGUGCUACUACAAUGCACAGUGUCAUGAGAUGAAUAGUGCACGAUGACUGAAUUAAGAGAUGUGAAAUGGGUAAUGAGGUGAAAUAACAUCAAAAGUAUUUUGGUCAAAUUAGGAAUGAGUCUGCCUCGAAGGAGUGCUUAAAACUGAAGUUACUGCUUCACAGGUAACUUCUCCUUGGCUAUUCCCUGGAAUGCCCUUGCUUUACCUUUGCUGUUUGUGUAAAAUAGUGCCAAGAAAGGUCAGAAGUUUGAAGCUAAAAUCUGCACUUACUCUGGACACUUUAACAUCUUUCCUCUUUACUAGACUUGUGCAGCUCAGCUCUGAUGUGAAAAAGGAAUGACUGACAUGACAAACAGCAGCACUGCCUUGUUGCAUAGCCCUCUGCUCAGAGUGUAGACGACACCAAGUACUGAAGAAAGUGGCCAAAAAUACUUUUAUGCUGUGACACCUUGUGCCUGUAGGAAACUAUUCAUGAUGUGAGCAACUAUUCCAAGGGAGAUAGGCCAUUUGCUGCUUAAACAGGUGGGUUAAUAUUGCCACUUACUAAUAUGAAAGUACAAAUACAAGCACCUGAAAGGAAAUUUAUAUAAAUACUUUUGUGAAAGUAAAUAUACAAAUUUACACUAAGAAA